AUGACAUUCCCUUAUUUUUUUGCUGAUAUUGACUCUCCUGGAGAGCAGCGGAAAUAUUCGGUAGCACUGAUAGAACACCUGUUCACAUUACUCCCUCCUCAAGCCACAGUUGUUACGCUCUAUGAUGUAGGCUGUGUUCUCGCUUGGUCGCUUUCAAAAUUUGAGAUUCUCCCCCCUGAAGUUGUCUUACGUCUGUGCUUUGCAACUACGGCUAUGCAUGCCUAUGGUCAUGAAUGGGCCUGUCAGCUGGUGCACAAUCCACGGAUUUGCAUAGGCCUUGGCUUAUCUGAUGGGUCAGAAAUGAAAGCGGACCUUGGAGACUGGAUCAGACACUGUCUCAAUCAGGGCAUUAAGGCCCAGGGCUCUGCUGCCCUUGACAUCAUUGACCGCUAUGCUCCUGCUCGUCUCAGGAAGGAGCUAAACACUGUUCUUGCUCUACAGGCCGACUUGGACACGUCAGAACGAGCCCUGCAGACUACUAGGACUAUGCUGGAGAAGGAGACAGCGUCCAAUGACACCCUCUAUGCCCUCGAGAGCCUCCAAAGAGGCCACAAUUGUCUCAUGACUAAAGUCGAAGCAUUAUACUCUUCUCUUAAUGUUCAUGAUAGAUUCCCCGAGCUCAAUGGAGUUAGUCUCAACUUUGUCUGUGUCCUUCUCAUGACACAUGAUCUCAAGAUCAAUAUUCGAAAGCGCGCUAUCGCCAGCUUCUUUGAAUGGGAUAAACUUGAUCGUGCUGUAGGCGGAUCCCACCAAGCAUUAGGGAUGAAGCUUCAUCAACACACUCGCAAAGCUAUAGCCAAACACCAACCUGCUCUCAUGACGGCAAUCCAAAAGUUCAAUUCUUACUACAUUAAUGCAGGAUGUCUGGGUUACACCCUCAAUUGGAGAGAGUACCUCGAUGGUUGGAAGACUCAGACAUCAGGGACAGAAUUUGCGCCCUUCUUAAAUGUGACCGGUGCAGGGAGGAGCAAAAAUGCUUAG